AUGUUCCUUCCUUUUACUCUUACAUUUCAUUAUGUUUUUCACUUUACUCGUAUUUUCUUUUCUUUCUUCUUCAUUAUAAUUUUCCUGUUUUUUUCUUACCAUGUUUCUUCCUUACUACUCAGUUGUCAUUUUCUUACCAUGUUUCUUCCUUACUACUCAGCUAUCUUUUUCUUACGCUUCAUUAUAAUUUCCUCUUAUUUUCUUACCAUGUUCCUUCCUUACUACUCACCUGACAUUUUCUUACUAUUUUUUCCUUACCAUCAGCUGUCUUUUCUUACUUCAUUCCAAUUGUCUUAUUUUCUUACCAUGUUUCUUCCUGACAUUUUACUAUGUUUCUUACUUCAUCUAUCAGCUGUCUUUUUCUUACACUUCAUUAUAAUUUCCCUCUUAUUUUCUUACCAUCUGACAUUUUCUUACCAUGUUUCUUCCUUACUACUCAGCUGUCUUUUUCUUACGCUUCAUUAUGAUUCCCUCUUAUUUUCUUACCAUGUUUCUUCCUUACUACUCAGCUGUCAUUUUCUUACCAUGUUUCUUCCUUACUACUCAGCUGUCUUUUUCUUACGCUUCAUUAUAAUUUCCUCUUAUUUUCUUACCAUGUUCCUUCCUUACUACUCAGCUGACAUUUUCUUACUAUGUUUCUUCCUUACUACUCAGCUCUACCAUUAUAUAAUUUCCUCGUCUUUUUUCUUACGUAUUCUUCAUUAUGAUUCCCUCUUAUUUUUCUUACUAUGUUCCUUCCUUACUACUCAGCUGUCUUUUUCUUACCCUUCAUUAUGUUUUCUUAUUUUUCUUACCAUGUUUUUCCCUAAUUUACUCAGCUGUCAUUUUCUUACCAUUUUUCUUCCUUUACUACUCAGUUGUCAUUUUCUUACCAUGUUUUUUUACUACUCAUCUAUCUUUUUCUUACGCUUCAUUAUAAUUUCCUUAUUUUCUUACCAUAUUUCCUUCCUUACUACUCAGCUGACAUUUUCUUACUAUGUUUCUUCCUUACUACUCAAUUUGUCUUUUCAUUUUCAUUUAACUCGUAUGUUUUCCUUCCUUACUCAGCUGACAUUUCUUCUUAUGUUUCUUCUAUCUCAGCUGUUUUUUCUUACACUUCAUUAUGAUUCCCUCUUAUUUUCUUACCAUGUUUCUUCCUUACUACUCAGCUGA